UCACACUCUUUAGUUCCAUCUGUCACCGGUGCAAACUCUUAUUUGCCAAGCUGUAAGUUGUGUAAUAAGAAAGUAAAAGAAGUUUCUUCCAUUUUCUUUAGUGCCAAGAACCACACGGCACUGCCGGAUACAAACCCAUGCUAUUACGAAUAAAAUCAACAUUAACGUUUAUCAGCCGCCCGGUAACAUUAUCUUGUAAAAACAAUUUAGUGAUUGCAUCAUUUGUUCCUCCUAGUCAAAGAUUAUUAUCAACUUGUAGAAUGUCGAAGACUGCACUGGUGAUCCUAGCUCAGGGGGCAGAGGAGAUGGAGACGGUCAUCACCGUUGACAUGCUCCGUAGAGGCGGUGUGACAGUAACAUUGGCCGGUCUGGACGGAAACUCUCCAGUUCUGUGCUCGCGUCAGCUAACCCUGGUGCCUGAUAAGUCACUGUCGGAUGCCCUGGCCGAGACUCCUCAGUAUGAUGCUGUAAUUUUACCAGGCGGUCUUGAAGGUUCAGAUCGUCUGUCUAAGUCCAAUGUGGUUGGUACGCUGCUGAAGGAACAUGAGAAAUCUGGCAGAAUUAUUGCCGCUAUAUGUGCAGCACCGACAGCCUUUGUCGCCCACGGCGUCGCUCAGGGCAAACGGGUGACAUCUUACCCGACUACGAAAGACAAGAUCACGGGUGACUACAUAUACGUGGAGGGGGAAAGGGUCGUGGUAGAUGGCAACGUGGUUACGAGCAGAGGCCCCGGCACAGCCUACUGGUUUGGUUUGAAGCUUAUCGAACUACUGACCGGGAACGACAAGGCUGACCAGGUGGAGAAGGGCAUGAUCAUAUCCGGUUACUAAGCCAUGUGGACUGCUGGUGAACUGUCCUUAAUCACAGGUCAUAGCCGGAUGGAAUGUAUGUAUUGCGUUUUGAUGUAUGGAGGUUAAAAAAAAAAUUGGUAUGUAGCAAUACAUGUAUAUUUAAGUUUUUAUCUCUUGCAGGGUAGACGGAGUUGAGUCUUUUGGAAAGGCAAUGACAGUGUUGAUGAUGGAAUUGAUAUUAAAAUUGUGAUAGGUUGCUGGACCAUCGCCUAAAAGAUGAAUCCCAAGUUGUUUGAACUGUAUUAGAUUUUUUAUUUUACCUUAAAUCAUAUUUUUAAGGACAAAUUAUUAAGUUCUCCAGCAGUUAUAGACCUUAUAAAGUUUUUAUUGUAGGCAUACCUAUGUAUAUAAAGUCAUUAUUUUAGUCAUCAAACCAGAUACAGUAGAAUGACACACACAAUGCUGUGUUUACUUCACGGCAAAGUAUCGCUGUUUCGCUUUUUAUUUUGACUUGAAACGGGACAGCGAUAGUUUUAUUCGCGAUAAAACUUUUUAAGAAUGAUUUUAUUCUUAUUUUGAUAUAUGUACAUUGUCACAGAUGAAUAAGUGCAAUUUUUUUAAAGUACGUUAAUUGGUUACUAGUGACAUUUUCUCAUGGUUAAUGUAUUUUAUAUGUAAGCAAAGAAAGGAUUUAAAUUUAAGCAAAAAAAAAGUGUAACUUUUGAACUGGUAAUUAAAAUAUUUAUUCAUA